AUGCCGAUCGGCGAGGACUCGCCGGCCUUCUUCGUCCUGAUAGCGGGGGCGAUUCUCAUCGGGCCGUGGGCCUGUGGCAGCCUCACCAGCAACGUCGAUCCGGACCCCAAGCGAGCGGUGUGGGACGAGGUAGCAGGCAUGUGGCUGACCUGCCUGUUCCUGCCGAAGACGCUACCGUGGCUUGCCGCCGCGUUUCUGCUGUUCCGGGUGCUGGACGUUCUGAAACCGUGGCCCAUCCGCCAGUAUGAGCGGCUGCCGGGCGGCUACGGGAUCAUGGCCGACGACUUGGCGGCGGGAGUCAUCGGCGCGGCGGUGCUGAACCUAGUUUACCGGCUGGCGUGGUAG